AUGUAUGAUGGAAUAACACCAGCAAAGAGAAACUUAAAUGGACUAAGCCAUAUAAAACAUUCUAUAAUGAGAAUGGCUCGCAUGAUAGUAAACAUUACUAAUGACAAAGACGCGUACCCAUCAAUACUCAACUUUUCAACUACUGAGCCUACAGCUGAGAAGAAUAAAGAGGAAGACAAGAUAUCCGAGUUGUCCAACAAUAUCUCAAAUUUAUUUGUGUCUGUGGUGUUUUAUGUUUUGACAUCAAUGUGUACUUUAUUGAUUACAAAAUCAAUUAGUUGUGUGGGAGCUGAUGCAAUGAAGUUCAUAACUAAUUUAUUGAACAACACUGCAUUUGAAAAUGAAAUAGUAUUAUCUGCAAUUAGUAUUUUUGUGACUGCAUUUAUAGUACAAAUCAUAUUUAUGCUAUUCAACCUUAAUGCAUGGAAAGAUUCUAUAUGCUUAAUAUAUAAGAAUUCUAGGAAAAAGAUAUUAGGUGUAAUACUAUUUAUAAUAUCAGUAUUUACAGGGAUGAGCAUUAAUACUGUAGUCUGGAUUAGUCUUAUUGUAAUAACAGUUGUUUUCUUAGGAAAAGGCAUUCUUAAACUUUGA